UCAUAGAAACACCAAGUCAGUGUCGCGCUGCCUGGCACCGGUGUUGGUUGUGUCCACGUGGGUUUGCGCGCAAAAAUUUGUGGCAGAAAACAUGAAUAAAGACGAGGAGCGCAUCAAAAAGUUAUUGGAGGAUGUGUCGACUCCAGAAAGUUCUGACGAUGGCAGUUUUUCUGAUACAUCAGAAAAAACGGAAACAGACCCUUUUGAGGAUAACGACGGGGAAUAUGGCACGGAUGCAGACUAUGUACCAAAUAGUGAUUCGGAUGACUCAGAAGCCUUGGAUGUAGAUGAGGCUAAAUCAGAGAAAGAUCCUAAAGAUUCUAAGGUUCAGCCCAGAUAUGUAAGGGCCAGUGAUAAUAAUCGCAUAGAUACAGUACCAUCUACUUCUAGAUACAGAGCUACCUUAUUUGUUCCACCCUCUCCUUCGAUUUCUGACCAAAACAGUCCAAUACUACCUUUACGCCCUACCGCGAGCACACACAUAUCCAUAGAAAGUGCAUCUGGAAGUCCUGUAAUACCUCUUGGUAGUCCCAUUACAUUUCAUAAACCUCAAGAUAUCGUCGAACCGUCAGGUACAAUGAGUGUGAGAACGGAAAAUAGUUUUUCUAUGGGAUGUCUAAGCCUAUUAGAAUCAGCAUUUCCAUCAACUUCAGCACAAAGUUUCAGAGCUGCGUCCCCUGUAAUUCCUCUUCACGAAAUAUCGGGCCUUGCAAGUCCGGAAGAUCCUGUAGAUCAAAAUUUGGAAGAACAGGAAUCUGAAGGAAAUCCUGAUCUUCAGUUAUCUCAAAAUGUAGAAGCAGAGACACCCGAAGAAGAAUGGACUUGUACUACUGAACUAAUUCCAGAGUUUGGAUUUGAUAAUAACACUCAAGGAUUGAGAAUAGAUAUUAAUGAAAAUGCUACCCCAUUAGAUAUAUUUAGACGGGUAUUUUCUCAAGAAUUACUCGAAUAUUUAGUAGCCAGGACAAAUGCAUAUGGCGAUUUUUAGUCUAAUUCUAAUAAACCCCAUACCAGAAAUAGCCGAAACCAAGCUUUUAGAGUUGUAACAGUAAAUGAGAUGGAGAUGUUCUUGGCUUUGUGUGUGUUGCAAGGUCAAGUAAAAGGACCUAGUAGGAGAUCAUUGUUCUCAUUCUCCGAUCCCUUAUAUUUUCACCCAUUUUUUACAUACAUAAUGUCAGGACGUCGGUUCGAACAAAUAUUACGAUGUCUUAGUUUGUCUGAAGCUAAUGCUAAAGGAGAAAAGAAAGUUUCUGAUUUCAUGAAGGCCAUAUGUGAGAAUUUUCGGCAAAUCUACAGUCCCGGUGUGAAUCUAUCAAUUGAUGAAUCGCUAAUUUUGUUUAAUUUUGUUUCGUGGCCGAUUACAUUUUCGACAAUAUAUUAAGUCAAAAAAUGCUCGUUACGGAAUUAAUUUUUACUACUUCUGAUGGAUAUGUUUUAAAUAUAUUAAUGUACAAAGGUAAAAAUGAAGAAAUAGAAUCAGACCCGGCAAUCAAGAAGACAGAAAAAAUUGUAAUGGAAUUGGUACAGCCAUAUCUCCUUGACUAGAGACAAGAUAUCGAUAAAAAAAAACCACCUCUUUGUCCAUCCUGCUUCGAGGAAUGGCACAAGCACAAAACUGAUUAAGUUUAAGUUAUUAUCUUAAAAAUACUUAACUAGUAGACUGAUAGAAGAGAAAUAACUAAUUAUUAUAAACUAGAAUUAGCCUAAAGUUAAAAUGACGGACUGUGAUUAGGUUAACAUUUUUUAUACUAAAGCAAUACAUAGGAAUAGUGAUAUUAGAUUGAUUUUUGAUGCUAUAAAGACUUUACUCAUGUGUUGUGUACAAUAAUUGAAGACUGAUUGAUAAGUUAAUUAUUUUCGUAAACUUUUUGAUUAGAGGGAUAUAGAUGUUUUAGAAGAAUUAGAAAUUAUAAAACUUUCAUAGUAUUGUCGACCAAAGUGGCUAGCUAUGAAACGCGAUGUUGAAGAAUAAUACUUAUUUUAUGUUUUUGAAUUAGAAUAUUUGAUGUUUUUGUUUGAAU